ACUUUUGAUUGAAACAUGUUAAAAGUAGUGGAGCUCAGUGUAUUUUCUGGUUCAUUUAAGUAGCCUCCUCUUUCGUCUGCUUUCGCGCUAGUUGUCUUCUCGGCGGAUCAUUUUCGUCUCCAAUCCGACAGAAAUGGUGGCAGGAACAAAAACCCAGUCGGUUAUGCUCAACACAAAUCUACCUUCUUUUCCAAACAAGGAGGCUGAUAAUUUAACUGCUAGAAAUCUGGGGAAGAGUCAACUUGGCGGUGUCAUAUUUGGUUGCAAGAACAACAUCAUCAAAGAAUGUUUGUCCAAACAACUUUUUGGUUUACCCCAUUCACACUUUUCAUAUGUAAGGAACAUUUAUCCUGGAUUGCCAUUGUUUCUGUUCAACUACAGUAACCGGAAACUCCUUGGAGUAUUUGAAGCUGCUAGUUUUGGUGACUUGAACAUUAAUCCAUAUGCAUGGACCAGUGGUUCAGAGAGAACUUUGUACCCUGCGCAGGUUCAGAUUCGUGUCCGGCUGCAGUGCGAACCACUCUCUGAAGGACAGUUUAAACCAAUAAUCAAGGACAACUACUAUGGACCUAAAUAUUUUUGGUUUGAGUUGGAUCAUGCUCAAGCAAACAAGUUGAUGUCCUUAUUUGCAUCUUUCGCAGUUGCACCAAGUUCUCUUGUGCCUCAGGAUACCAAAACAGAGUGGAGAAAUAUAUUCAAGGACUUUUCUUCUAGUGAUACAGAAAAUAGAGGUGAAGCUUUAAAGUCUCCUUCUUUAGAGGUUGUUCAGUCUGCUUGUCUGAGUGAGAAAUUAGAUUUUAGAGAUGUGGCUCCUUAUGCAGAUGGACUUAAAGAGGAAGUUAAAAAGUUUGGGCAGCUUGCUUCAGAGGUUGAGCAUCCUCUUCAUUCAAGCAGGAAAUCGGAUUCUAUGUAUCUUGCUUCUUCUAUUAAUGGAGAUAACUGUCUGCUGGAAACUCAUCUUGAGGCAAAUGUAGUUGGACAGAAGCAGAAGGAUCUUAUGCUCAAGAAACUAAAAGAACUGGCUAAUAAAAGGGAGCAUAAAGAAUUGUAUAUGGUGAAUGACGUAGAAGACUCCAGGUUUAUUAAUCAAAUGAAAUCAGAGAACAGGGAUAUUCUAGAGAAGCAAAUAGUUUCAGAGGGAAAAGAUGAAGAGAGUCCUGAUUCCUCAUUACAUUACCAGGCUGUCAUAGUUCAGUUGAUUAAUGGGAUGGAAGAGCUUAAGGCAUUUAAAACUGAACAAACUCACAAAAUAGUUCAUUUGGAGCAGAAGCUGGUUGAAGCCCAAACAGAAAUUCAGAGAUUGAAAACUCGUUGUACCAUGCUGGAAUUUACAUCAAAAUCCUCUGCUGAAUGUGUUAAUGAGAACACUUCUGAACCCCUUGAUGAGUCACGUUUGGAUCCUACUGAGUCGAUAUUUUUAGUGGGAGGAUAUGAUGGUGAAUCAUGGUUAGCUGUAUUGGAUUCGUAUUUUCCCUCGAAGGACGUUAUAAAAUCCUACAUGCCAAUGAGCUGUGCUCGCUCAUAUACAGCAGUUACACAGAUGAAUGGUGAAUUUUAUGUACUUGGUGGUGGAAGUGGUCUUCUGUGGUACGACACAGUCGAGUCAUACGACCCAACUAAUAACAAGUGGACCCGUCGCCCUUCCUUGAAGGGGCAAAAGGGAAGUUUAGCUGCUGCAAUUUCAAAUAACAAAAUAUUUGCAAUUGGUGGUGGAAAUGGGGUUGAAUGCUUUUCAGAAGUCGAAAUGCUUGAUUUAGAUGUUGGAGAUUGGGUACCUGCACGGUCUAUGUCACAAAAGGUAUAGCAAAUUAUCUCUUUUACAUGCUGCUGCAUUCAUGAUUUUUAAGAAUGCACGGUGGCAUCUAUCUGUUCUUCUCUUUCUAGUUAUAAUACAUGGGAACUUAACUGAGUUUAUUGUUGAUUAUCCUGGUAUUUUUUGUGUGGUUCAUUUAGUAUAAUUUUCCAGUUGAGGGAAAAAAAUCAUAAGUUUGCAAGUGAGCAAAAUUGAAAUAGACAAAUAAGCUCUAAUGUUUUGCUUCAUGCACAAUUUCUGAAUUAUUCCCAUAAAAUUGUUAUUUUGUGUAGAUUACGAUGUAACCUCUAUAACUGAAUAUAAAACACUUGGUAUUUGGAGUUUAGUAUCUUGUAUGGAUCUCAAAAUUGGGUUAUAGUACAUAGAAUAGUACCUAUUAAAAAAAGGCAUAUUCUAACAUAUUAGAUGUAUCCACUAUAUAUACAGUUUGCAAAUCCUCCCCAGCUAUUAAUGAGUUUUCUGAUGAAAAAGUUUCUAACUCAUGAGCUAUAAGUAGUUCAUUUUGCAAUGAGCAGUUUGAUCUUUGGAGAUGUGAGAUUUUAAUCUGCAUAAAAAAAGAGAGAAAAUCUCUGCAUUAGUUGGUAUAUUACAG